CUUCGUGCUGUUUUGGUCGUGGUCGCGGCAGCAUUCCCGCAUUGUUUUGCGCUCCCAAACGGUUUUUAAGAGAUCGAGGUACGAGUUUGGUCGUUGCUGCGUGCACGGGGAAGCAGAGGAAGUUAACGAUGGCGGUGCUUCGGGGUUCGGUUUACAGAGUAGCUGUCCCCGUUGUUCUUGUUGUGAUUUGCUCGGCGGUCUUCGAGUGUGAUGCUCGACUCUUGCCGCAAGAUGAAGUUGAUACACUCAAUACAAUCGCCACGAAAAUGCGAAACAAUUACUGGAACGUAACGGAGACAUCAUGCAGUGAUGGUAUCGGUCUAAACGUGACCUUGGCUACAGGAAUGACAAGCAACGUGAGUUGCACUUGUUCCUUCGCUGACGGCACCAUUUGCCAUGUCACGAAAAUCCAGCUGAAGAGACUUAAUUUGACAGGGAUUUUUCCUGAUGAAUUCGGCAACCUCACUUGCCUAAGAGAAAUAGACCUCACUCUUAACUACAUUAGUGGAUCGCUCCCCACAACUCUUUCUCGGAUACAACUUAAAAUUCUGACAGCACUUGGAAAUCGCAUAAGUGGUAUUCCCAAGGAAAUUGGCAAUAUCAGCACACUGGAGGAGCUUGAAUUGGAGGACAACCUGCUUGAAGGCACUCUUGAGCCAAACAUUGGCAACUUGAUUAACUUAAAGAAACUCCAGUUGUCUGCUAAUAAUUUUACAGGAACGAUACCCGAAUCCUUUGGCAAUUUGAAGAACUUACAAACUUUUCGUAUAGAUGGAAGCACAUUAUCAGGAAAGAUACCCAAUUUUAUUGGGAAUUGGACCAAAAUUAGAAGAUUGGAUAUGCAAGGCACAUCUAUGGAGGGACCUAUUCCUUCAAGCAUAUCUUUGUUGUCAAACUUGAUUGAGUUGAGAAUAUCCGAUUUGAAAGGUCCAAGCUCGAAUUUUCCUAAUUUGCGGGGCAUGAAAAUGAUGAAGACUUUGAUUUUGAGAAAUUGCUUGCUUACUGGCUCAAUUCCUUAUUACAUUGGGGAAUGGACAAAUUUGACAACAUUAGACCUGAGCGUCAACAAAUUGACUGGUCAAGUUCCUAACACGAUGGGAGAUGCUCUAGAUUACAUGUUCCUAGCAAACAACUCCCUUACUGGAGCAGUACCCAGUUGGGUAACAAGCAGCAAUCAUUAUCUCGACUUAUCUUACAACAGUUUCGAAGGUUCUUCUCCUAUCAGUUGUCAGGAAUCACAAGUUAAUUUGGUUUCCAGCUAUUCAUCUAACGAAAAUAACUCGCUCUGGUGCAUGGAGAAGGAUCUUCCUUGUAGCGGGAAAGCACAGUACCAUUCCUUGUUUAUCAAUUGCGGAGGAACCAAAAUGAUUUUUGAGGGGAAUGAAUAUGAAGAGGACACCAGUCUGAAGGGCCCAUCGAAAUUCUCCUCUUUUUCUUCUGCUUCUUCGGAAAAGUGGGCUUACAGCAGCACCGGGCUUUACAUGGGAAAUGCUGACGCUGCUUACAUAGCAAAUAACCCACUUUCUAUGAAUGUGAACGGCUCAAGAUUUUACGAAACGGCUCGCCUUUCCCCUUGGUCGAUUAGAUACUAUGGCCUUUGCAUGAUGAAAGGAAGUUACAAAGUGCGGCUCCAUUUUGCUGAAAUUCAAUAUUCCAAUGAAAAAACAUUUAGCAGCCUUGGGAGACGUAUAUUCGAUAUAUCGAUACAGGGCAAUCAAGUGUUGAAGGAUUUUAAUAUUGCAGAGGAAGCCGGGGGUGUGGGGAAGGGCAUAUACAGAGAUUUCGAUAACAUUUACGUGAAUGGUAGUACUUUGGAGAUUCACCUAUAUUGGUCAGGGAAGGGAACCACGGGCAUUCCUGAUAGAGGUGUAUAUGGACCACUUAUUUCUGCUAUUGCAGUGACACCGAACUUCGAUGUUAGAAGCGCUGGACUAUCAAUUGGAGCAAUCACUGGAAUCGCAGUAGCUUCAGUGGUUCUCAUUGUAUUGAUAUUACUAGUCCUUCGGCUAACAAGAUUUUUAGGCAGCGGAGAAGUUAAAGAUUUAGAUCUCCAAACUGGCCAUUUCACUUUAAGGCAAAUCAAAGCUGCUACAGACAACUUCAACUCUGUGAAUAAGAUAGGUGAAGGAGGGUUUGGGUCAGUUUACAAGGGAAUACUGUUGGAUGGAACUAUGAUUGCUGUGAAGCAACAAUCUCCUAAAUCAAAGCAAGGCAAUCGUGAAUUUCUCAACGAGAUAAGCAUGAUAUUUGCUCUCAAACACCCAAAUCUCAUAAAGCUUUAUGGUUGCUGCAUUGAAGGAAAUCAGUUGUUGUUAGUUUACGAAUAUUUGGAGAACAAUAGUCUUGCCCGUGCACUUUUUGGACCAGAUGAGCAGCAGAUUGAGUUGGAUUGGGCCAUAAGAAAGAAAAUAGUUUUGGGAACAGCAAGGGGAUUGGCUUACCUUCAUGAGGAAUCUGGGUUGAAAAUUGUUCAUAGGGACAUAAAAGCGACAAAUGUGUUGCUUGAUAAGGAACUAAAUGCCAAGAUCUCAGAUUUUGGUUUGGCCAAACUCAAUGAAGAAGAGAAUACGCAUAUAAGCACAAGGAUAGUUGGAACAAUAGGUUAUAUGGCUCCUGAAUAUGCGAUGAGGGGCUACUUGACAGACAAAGCUGAUGUCUAUAGCUUUGGAGUAGUCGCUUUGGAAAUUGUCAGCGGAAAGAGCAACACAAAUUACAGGCCAAAGGAAGAAUUUGUUUAUCUCCUUGACUGGGCCUAUGUGUUACAAGAGCAAGGGAACGUUCUUGAACUCGUGGAUUCACGCCUUGGCUCAAAUUACUCCAAGGAAGAGGCAAUGAGAUUGCUAAACCUGGCACUACUAUGCACCAAUCCUUCACCAACUCUCAGGCCGCCAAUGUCAUCUGUGGUAAGCAUGCUAGAAGGAAACAGUGCGAUUCAAUCACCGAUAAUCAAGCGAACUGCAACGAAUCCAGAUUCUAGGUUCAGAGCCUUCGAGAGGCGAGCUAAUGAUAGCCAAACAAAUGCCUUGACAUUCUCUCGGGACUCUCACCAGGUGCCGGGAAGCAUGUCCAGGGAAGGUCUAUGGAUUGAUUCUUCAGCUUCUUUCACGAGUAAGGAUGAGACCCACGGCCACUCUUCAAAGAGCAAGCUUCUAUCACAUUUUUAGGACUCGGAUUUGUUUAGUAAUUAUUAUGUGCUUCUGGCCAAUAGUGUAAAGGAAUUAGAUGGUGGAAAUAUAGGAAAUAAGACUACCGCCGACGGAUGUUAUAUAACCACGUUAUUGUCCGUCCAAUUCCUCGCA